AUGAGAGAGCUCAAAUGGGAUCACCAGGUAAGAAUGUGCUUGGCUGAUAUUGCAAUUUUCAAAUGUAGGUGUGGUCUUCUGUGCUGGGAUUUUGCAACACAUUCAACAGCAAACAUACACAUAGAUACAUUUUCUCUCUAGCUUCUCCUUGACUAUGGAGCAUCUAGCUGAAAAUAACAUGUCUAGGUUCAGGACCAAUCCUUCACUAUAGCAACUGUGGAUAUCAACAUGGCUGGUCCUAACUCAUGCUAACUACAGGAAAAAGUUUGCUCGAGCUUGUGGGAGGGUGAAUCAGUUGAACAGAUGAGAAAAGCACUCAACUGAUAUCUGAUCACAUGAUUUAGGAUUCAUCUGUGAUUGGGCCACAGUUAUACUGAGUUCUUUGGGAACCCUGGGCUCUGUGUUUGCAGGUCAAUUAGUGCCAACCCAAGGUUAAAUUUUGAUCUGGGUUUCUUUAUUUCUUUGUUCAAAAGUCUUUUUUGGACCUUUCUCUAUUCUUUAAAGAGCAUCCAAUAAUCAAAUUCUUGACAAGUUUUUCUUCUUCUUGUCAUCCACAUUACUGUCAAAGACUGCAGUUCAGGCAGUUUAAAGCUCAUAAUUUUUUAAUCAUUUUAGCUAGAGGUAAUUCUUAAAAAAAGGAACUUUACCAUAAUUCCAGUUUGUUUUAAUUUCAUGGUGGUUCUUUCCAUUUUAAAACACCACAUGUGUAUCCUUUCCAGAUUAUUCCUAUUGGACAAAAUAUUACAUAUUUGAAAUAUGUAAAAGAAAUUGAAUGAAAUUACUGGCCUCUUUGGUGUGUUACUUGUGUUUCUGUGGUGUCUGGGGCUGUUUCAAAGUAAUUCCAGUUAGUUUUAGUUUCACUGGUGCUCUUCCAUUUUAAAACACUAGAUGUUUAUCUUUUCUAGAUUGUCCCUAUUGGGCAAAAAGUACAAGAUCCACUUCUUCAUCUGUGUGAGAAAUGCGCAUUGCCUAUUCUUGUUUAUGGUCGACUGGUGAGUGCAUGACUUACUUUAACCUUACAUUUACUCUGAGAUUUGAACUGAAUUAUGACAUUUCUUGCAUAAUUCUGCUCACUCAUUGAGUGACAAGAGUCCUUCUUUGGCUUAAAUGCAUGUUAAAAUGGUCACACAUUAAGGUGGUAUUCAGAAGUGUAAAAAUUACAGUUGCAGUUUUGUGUAGUUUGAUAAAUAGUGCUCUAAGACAUUUCUGUUCAGAAGCAUGUACACCAAGGGUUUUAUCCACAGCCUUGAAAGUUUUACCCACCUUGUAUAGCAUAAUGAACAGUGACACAUGAAACUUCUGCUCUGGGCUCUCCCUUGAAUGGUCACAGACUAGGGUUUCUACCAAGUCAAAAAUAUCAUAUAUGAUACCAUGUAAAAGUACUGAUGAGUAGCUCCCAAGAUCUGAUUUUUAAUUCUGCUCUCUAACUGCUUCUCAUUUCCUUGUAAAUUAGUUAUGACAAUUUGGUAUUAGAUCAGGAUAACCACUUCUACCUGAUAAGUUUGAGUAUUCUCAUUACCUGUUUUCUUGAUAAUGUAUGGAUAUUAUAGGGAGAACUUACACUUAGAUCACUUCUGGGAUUUAAAGGGUUAAUGUACUGACACCUUGAAUAUGUCUCUUGUCAUUUUUUUUUUCUCUUUAGAGUCCUUGUAAGCACUCCUUCUGUUUGAAUUGUGCUGAAAAGGGAAAUGGAAAGUGUCCAAGGUUUGUGUGGAACAUCUCUAUUGUCAUGGGAUGGUGUACUGUAGGGACUAUGAAAAUUUAACUUUCUCGUUACUGAAACGCAUGUGGCCCGUCUGAGAAGAUCCUUGAUUUAAAUCAUCAUCACUAGGGAAGAAUAGGUUUUCUCGCCAGCAGCCAAACUCGGCCAAACAUAUCUUGUUUGAAUUUUCUCACCCUUGUCAAAUUCUGCUUUAGGUGCGGUGAUGGUGUUCAGCGGAUUGAACGAGCACCGCUGGGCAGUGUGUACGUGUGUUCAGUUGGCGGAAGCCGCUAUGGAAUCUCAGGGUGCCGUCGAAGUUAUUUCUCCCAGCGAGACUUGCAGUCGCACAUCAAAAGACGUCAUCAGAGAGAGCAGGGGGGAGGGGAGAGUGAUGGAGGUGAAGAUGCUGAGAAUGAGAUACAACGCGCCAUGUUUCCUCAGGUAGCACCCUUUUUUCCGGCCCCAUUGCGUGAGCCUCUGCCAGCAGUGCCCCCUCACCCUAUUUUACCGGGUGAAAGACCUUUUGGAAACGUAGCCCCAGUGCCCGUGAUGGACGCACGACAUUUCCCUGGAGUGCCUACUAUCCCACGUGAAACGUUCUUCAUGGAGGGGCCACGCCAGCAGCAUCCGGUAGUCAGUGGUUUCCCUGCUCAAGCUCCUGCACCAGCCCCUAUACCUCAUGUCCCUCAAGGAGCCUUUCCACGACCUGAGCAAGGACCCUCUCCAAGAUUUGAGGAGAUGCGAGUGCCGCGGCCAAUGGCCCCUACACCUAUUGACGAAGGCUUUGGGCCUAGACCAGUGGGGCCCGGCUUCCCAGGAAGAUUCCCUGGGCCACCACGAGCCGAGGCGGAAUGGAUUCCGGGUGAUAGAGGCCCUCCUGUUAGAGGAGAAAGGGAAUGGAUGCCACCUCCAGGGCGGGCAGAGAGAGACUGGAUUCCACCUAGAGGCGUAACAAACAUGGUUCCUCCUGGGGCACCUCCCCCAGGGAGACCCCCGCCCGGGGACCCUCAUUUUAGACCGGGUCCGAUGUUUUAAAGUCUUAUGGCUGUAAAAAAGACCAACUAGUGGACAUGUGAAAUCGUUACAAAUAUUACUUUCAAUUUUUUAAGAUGAGUACGAUCUUAAGCCUCUGUGUUUGGCUCUAGCUCGCGUAGCUCUUGUUAAAAAUGAACAAACGAAAUUCUCCUUUGAAGACAUAUUUAGGUUCCUGUUGAUUUUACUUUACUACGCGGUACAGCGGUAUCUCCGGAAAAAGUGUGCCAUCCUCUACCAAUCAGAUACAAAAUUCUAACCAGCUUAGUUUUCAUUGGCACAUUCUCCUUGGGUGCUUGGACUAUUUUCGUAGCUCUGACUUACUUUGGGUUUUUUCCGACGCAACUGAGCACUUUGAAACGGUUACGGAAGGGAUCCUCGUCUCCUUUGCGAUUUUCGGGACUCUUAACGAGCAAGAAGUUUGUACGAUACUUACCUGAGUGGCGGUUUUUUUUUUUUUUUUUUUUCAAAGCAAUCUUAGUCGAGUUUUGAUAGUAAAUAGGAAUCGUUUUGGUUUUACUUUACUCUGCACUGUGAUUGGUCUAAGAAAAAAUCGCGUCUCAACCUAUCAAAGUUCUAACUAACUGCUACUCGUUCGCCAGCGUUUGGUCGCGUUGUAGGUAGUUGGAAAGUUUUUGCUCUGAACUCUCAUUUGCCUUUUAAGCUGUUUAUCUGUUCUCUUAUUGGUCGUUGUGAAGACUGCGGGUUUAAAUUAACGACGCUCGGUAGAAAUGUGGUGUACACACGAACAAGUGUAUAGAAUGCGUUGCCCUUAAGAAUUGUAUCCUCUC